AAAAAAGACCGUUAAAGAGAGAAGGCACCAGCAAAAACCCUCCCCUGCUCCAACGGCUACUUCUCCAUUCAAACCAAAGAAUACUCACUCCCCAAACUUUCGUCGUCCCUCAGACAAAGAAAUCAAUCCUCUCAUCGUCGCCUCCUUUUCUCUCCGAAUCGAAUCCCUUCUUUUUGUUUCUGCAAUCAAGAGCUCAAUCUACUUCGCCCCUUCGUCUCGGGAUAUCUCAAGAUUACUGACAGAGUUCUGUUCGCCCUCGGAAGAAUGGAUCUGGGAUGCUUGGACUUAGGUUGCCUCGAUAAAGUGGCCAAGCACGGCGGUGGCGACGCUCGGAGCAGUCCUGGUUCAGAUGGGGGAGGAUCUGAUUCUAGCGGGAAUCUCACUUCUUCGGCUUCCAAGUUCGGCAAGAGAAAUUCACCGAGGGGGAGUGGCCAGUCAUCACCAAAUGCUCUAAACAAAGUCACGUCACAGAUUAAGAAGCCUAGUCGCCGUAAGACUAGCCCACUCAACUGGUUUCCUCGCAAGAAAGUGGACUCGUACUUGAAGAGGAAAAUUCAAAUGCUGCAGGAAGUUGAUGGGAUGAAACAGACUCUGGAUGAGACCCUUGGGGAUUCAAAUCCACACUAUUGCAGAGUGCUCCGAGAAAAAAUGGCAGCAAGAGAGGCUGCAAGCAAGGUCAUGGAGGCUCAAAAGGCUGCAUUGGUCGAGGCAUCUUGGUACCGAACACUUAAAGCAGCUAGGAUUCACAACAAGGAAGCCGAAGACCUACUCGCAAAAGCAGAAAAUGCUGCUGCCGAAGCUUUUGAAGCAGCAACAGCUGUGGGAGUGAUCAUGGAUGAUAUGCCAAGUUGCCCUCAAAAUGCUUUGUUAUUUGCACCCUCUAAAACAACAAACAAGGCAGGAUCUACUACUACUGGUCAUACUGUCAAAGCAUCUUUUGAGACGGCAUUUGAUGUAGAUAAAGAAGUAGCUGCAGCCGUUAAAGUUGCAUUUAUCAGGCUUGCCGCCACUUGUCCGCCUUCCGACCAAGAUGAAUUCAGAGAUUUGUUGCAGAAGAUUAGUCAGAAUCCAGAGAGUAGUGUUUAUGAAGGAGAACAAGAAGACUUGAAAGAACUCUCUGCAGAGUCCGGAUCAGAUUCUGGUUCUGAACCCAUGUCUACCUCUCCAAAGUCCAGUCAAAAGAAAAAGAAGCGACAGUCGGUGGAGCUUGUCAAUAUGAUGCUUGACAGGCUUAAAUCCUUGAAAGAAGAUGAGCUGUCUUCGCUUGCAACGAUAGUUGCAACUUGUGGCUUAAGUGCUGCAUUGGCAGAAGUCGAGAGCAUUAAGCUGCAGCGUGAUCAUCCCAUCUCAACUGAAGCUCUCAGUGUUCCUCGAAGGUCAUCUUCUGUAGAUGCAGGAAAGAAGCAAGGCGAGUCAGAACUCCCCAGCCUAGACAAGUUUCUUGUAAAGCACAUGUCAAAACUUGAGAAGGAAGUUGAACAAGCCAAGAAUAACAGGAAGAAAGAGGCGGAAGGAGCAAGAGACGCGUCGACUAAUGAUGACAAGAAUGGAAAGGUGCAGUUAGAUAAGAAAGCAAGUGCAUGCGACAUUGUUCCUGACCUAGGAAGUAUUCUUGUCAAGCACUCAUCCAGGAUUGAGAGAGAGAUUCAAGAAGCGAAGAGGAAUUCAGCUAAGGAUUACGAUUACAAAACAGCCCGCAAGAAACCGGUGCAUGAAUGGGAUUCUUCAUGUGAGGUUGAACAAGCCAAGAAUAACAGGAAGAAAGAGGCGGAAGGAGCAAGAGACGCGUCGACUAAUGAUGACAAGAAUGGAAAGGUGCAGUUAGAUAAGAAAGCAAGUGCAUGCGACAUUGUUCCUGACCUAGGAAGUAUUCUUGUCAAGCACUCAUCCAGGAUUGAGAGAGAGAUUCAAGAAGCGAAGAGGAAUUCAGCUAAGGAUUACGAUUACAAAACAGCCCGCAAGAAACCGGUGCAUGAAUGGGAUUCUUCAUGUGAGGUGAUCCCUGACCUAGCAAGCAUAAUGGCUAAGCGUCCUACAAAACCAGAGAUUGAAAAUCAAGAAGCAAAACAGGACUCUGAAAAGUUAUCAAAGUGGGUUGUUAACAGGCCAAAAGCAGCAAGUAGUGUCCCAGGCGUGCCUAGCUUGGAUGAGGUUCUUGUUAAGCAUGUAUCCAGGCUUGAAAAAGAGGUCCAAGAAGCAAAAAACAGGAGUCGAAUAAAUGAAAUGGCAGAGCAAGAGAACGUUGACUUCAACAAAGUAGCAACAAUCUCGUCAGAUUCAGAAUUUGAAGGCAAGACGAUGAGGACUUCUCCCAACUUGCAAGAAGACAGCUUAGAGAAGAUAUUGAUCAAGCCUGUGAGCAGAUUGGAACGGGAGAACACAAUGCAGGCUAAGAACAGGAGAAGUGAAUACAACAGAAUCCAAAGUAAGCAGCAGCAAGCACAAGCUGGCAGAAUUGGGGCAGCAGAAGAAGGGUUGGAGAAAGUCUUGGUAAAGCAUGUGUCUAAGCUAGAAAGAGAGAAAAUGGAAUCACGUUUGAAGGAAGAUGAUGUCAAGGUGGUGCAGAGAAGAGGCAAAAAUUUGCAGCAAGCACAAGAUGACAGAAUUGGGGCAGCAGAAGAAGGUUUGGAGAAAGUCUUGGUAAAGCAUGUGUCUAAGCUAGAGAGAGAGAAAAUGGAAUCACGUUUGAAGGAAGAUGAUGUCAAGGUGGUGCAGAGAAGAGGCAGAAAUUUGCAUUUGCAGCAGAGAAGUGAAGAAGGAAGUCUGGACCAAAUUCUGGUUAAACAUAAAUCUAGACUGGAGAAGGAGAAGAUGAGCGCUUUCGAAAAGGAAACAGGAGAACAUGCAAGAGUCGCGGUCUCGUCUUCCAUGUCUCGUAGAGAAGUGAGGGAGAAGGAGUUGGAAGAAUCAUGGGGUGGAUUAAGUUUUGGCAACUCCCUCAGGCCACAUUUCUCCAAGCUUCAACGGGACAAGGCUGCUUGGAUAAAAGCUGAUGAAGAAGAAAGAAGGCAAGUGGUGUAGACGUGUAGUGUAAGAAGCUGUGUAAAUUUCUUCAAAAGCUGAGCUUGAUCCUGAGCCAGAGUUGUUGUUGUGGGAUAUGAAGUGUAAAAGUGUCAAUAGCUGCUUUGAUAUUCUUUUCUUUUUUCUUGUAGCGGGGAAGAGUGCUUUCUUCCCUGCACUAACUUUUGGGCCUAUGUAUGAAGCUUUCUUCCCUGCAUGAAGCUUGAAAUGGAACUGAAUAUGAGUAAUUUGUUCUUCACUUUGCCUUACCAUCACUCUCUACCCUCAGGGGGUGGCUUUCUGUUUCUGAGUGGGAUUGCUUCUUUCCUGCAUCUAAUGUAAUGUUGGAAACGGAAGCAAAUACUUG